AUGUUCAACCAGUAUCAGGCCGAGGUAUUGGCCGAGAAACCAACCGCACGAGAAAAAGACGUAAACUACGCUCAAGGUCCCGAAAUACAGGGCUCGGACAGUGGCAUUUCGUUGCACUCGCGGGAGGAUCUGAAAUCGAGGAGCAACUUUUUGAACCUCGGCAUCCAGCGGGCCGCGGCGCUCGGGCUGGCCGGCGACAAGCAGCAGGCGGACUCGACGAAGGUCCUGGCACUGCCCCAGGACCUGCACGAUCUGCCGUUCGACAUGCCCAAGCUGCGGCGACGGCGGGCCCAUCUACAGCAGGAACCGUGCACAUCCGGUAGUGUAACGUCGGUGGACGUCGGUGAUUUACCCUUCGACAUGCCGAAGCUACGCCGACGGCUGCGAUUGUCACAGAACCAGCACUCGGGGGUUAAAGGGCUGCUCCAGACGAGCACCGAAUCCAGUGGGCUGUCGCAAGCCUCGUCCAGUCUGUCGAUGCGAGACUCCGACAACAAGUUUGCGAUGGCUGGUGGCGGAUUCUUUAAGCAGAGCCUCACAUUAAACUUGAACGACUGUGGUAGCCGACCGGCGAAGAAGUUCGGCACGCUCGACCUCGGCCUGAAUCUGGGUGCCAACCGGCCAAACGUCGAUCUGAUCGACGCUUCCAUUCCUCUGGACCGGCAAGGCUGGUACCACGGGUCGAUUAGCCGGAUCGAUGCGGAGAAAAUUCUUCGCCCACUGUCGGAGGGGAGCUUUCUGGUGCGCAACAGUGAAUCGACCCGACAGGACUACUCGCUGACGCUGAAGAGCGCCAAAGGUUUUAUGCACAUGCGGAUCCAGCGGGACACCGACUCGGGCCAGUUCAUCCUGGGCCAGUUCAGCCGACCGUUCCCGACGAUACCGGACAUGAUACGGCACUUUUGCCUGAACCGGCUGCCGGUGCGCGGUGCCGAACACAUGUGUCUUCUGGAGCCGGUGAUUGCGCAGAUUCUUUGAACGAGCUGCUGCUGGAUCCUGCCCCAGUUUUCCCAAAACCAAACCAAAGUCCUGUGAGGUAGUGCCUAAGUGGCGUGCCGGUGCGCUAGGCGAAUCGCGGGUGGCACAGCCGCCGCCGUUCCGUUCCGUCAGUCGGAAGCAGCUAGAAAGCUGCUCGUUUCUAGCAUUAGCCGAGAAAAACUGGUCAGUGCCCCGAAGAAGAAUAAACGCAACAAAGCCGCACCACGCGCAGUAGGAGCCAUCCCUUUUGAGACGCAAACCAGUAGAAAGUAAACGAUAGGCGGCUGGAGAAGGUCGCGAGAGGCAGCGUUACUAGAAACCACCACCAUGUUUAACUUCAGACACGUAACUUCCUAUGUACAGAGAGGUAGUAGCCCUAGUAGGUUCGCGGAAGGCUUGGUUUGUAGCAGGUUUUCGUCUUACAUUGUGUUUUCUCUUUGUGACAAUAAUUGUUAUGUUCAGCAAAUCAACGAAGCGAAGCGAAGGUUCACGGCAGGUGGUCAUGGGAUAUCAUGGAUUGAACUCACGCCUGACAACAACGGGAUCCGUCUACCGGUUCCGUAACGGCUUUGCUGGGGUCAGGAUCAGAAGUGGGGCGUGGAUCAAAGAAACCAUUUUGAACAUAAAAUAUGUAAGCAGGCAUCGGCCUGCGCAGGCGUUGUCGUUUCAAAUGUUGUGAUAUCUACGGUAUGGGUUAUGUUGAAGACAUUUGCUGGUUUCCUUCCCAUUUCAUGCGUAACGUCUGUGCGUUUUUCUAGCUCUAGCGAGUGAGUUUAAAAGGGGAAAAGGGCCAGGAAAUGAGAAGAGUGCAUCGGGGUGCGCCGAGUGGUGCAUCACUGAAAUGGUUUCGGAUCGGGAAGAAAGAGUGAAACAGCGAAGCGAAGUACUACAGUUAGAGAGCACACUUGUGGGACGAAUGUGCAAGAAAUCUGUAUGCCAAAAUAGAACUCACUGUGAACGACACCUAGGUUUGUAUAGUCGAAAGAGUAACUUUGUUUCCUACCCCCGGUCAUACGGUGAACUUUCGUAGGACGUAGUGCGUACUUUCUUUUACGUGAUUCACUUUAGAUUUCCUAAGUCCUCUGAAGAGUGCAAUAUUUAGUUAUUUAGGUAGCGGCGGCGUUAAUGAUCCAUUCGAUCCAAUCGGUUGCUAGAAGUUGCGUUGUUGAGGAGCAUCGCCUCGCGCCCGUAGCCAAAACAAGACAGUAGAGAUACGGUUUGGUUUUAGUGAUUGCUGCCUGCGUAGAGUGGUGCAGGUUUCCAGAGUCUCGUUUGUAUUAUUUGUGAAUGUCGCACAAAACUGCUAUCUAGAGUCAAUCACACUCAUCUGCAUCAUCAUGAGCUAGAGGUCGGGAGCUACUGGUGCUGGUACUUAUGUUCCUUCUUACCGAAUUGUUUCCGUUUUCCCACAGCAUCACGAAUAUCUCCCGUCGAGGGACAGCAACAAUUUGUACUCCAACCUAUAUUAACCAGUAGUUUAAAAAGGGCAGUGCAUUGCGUGUAUUAUUUAUGGUAUCAUUGAACCAUUUCGGUGACAAAGUACGAGUAAAAUACGUUCAUAAUACAGAAACACUCACGGAA